AUGAAGCGGGUGCUCGCCGGCCUCGUCCUUGCCUCGACGGCUUGGCAGGCUGUCGCUUGGCCCUACAAUGCAUCGCUCGCAGAUUAUAAUUUGAACCAGAACAAAACUGCGACAAAUCCUGCAGAUUAUUGGGGGCAAUGGCCAAACCACACCGGUGAUUAUUUUCCGUCUCCGGAUAACUGGCGAUUCCCGUUUUACACCCUGAUGCUUGAUCGCUUUGUGAACGGAGAUCCAACCAACGAUAAUUACAACAAUUCAGUAUGGGAACAUGAUAUCUGGUCAACACAAAUGCGUCAUGGCGGAGAUGUAGCUGGUCUCGUCGAUACGCUGGAUUAUUUGCAGGGAAUGGGCAUCAAGGGAAUUUAUCUGGCUGGCACAGUUCUCAUGAAUCAACCCUGGGGCUAUGAUGGCUAUUCAGCGCUGGAUACGACCUUGCUCGACGGACACUACGGAAAUCUGGCACAAUGGCGACAUGCAAUCACGGAGAUCCACAAACGUGGGAUGUACGUCAUUUUCGACAACACGCUUGCGACAAUGGGAGAUCUGAUCGGAUUCGAGGGUUACCUGAAUACCUCGGCGCCUUUCACAGUGGACGAGCAUAAAGUCGAAUGGAAGACCGCUCGGCGAUACGUAGAUUUCGAUUUCGGUAACAGUUAUAACGAGACCUGCGAUUAUCCCCGAUUCUGGUAUGAAAACGGCUAUCCCGUCCAGAAGACGGUCACCGAUUCCCUGGUUGGCUGCUACGACAGUGACUUCGAUCAAUAUGGUGAUAUCGAGGCCUUCGGAGUGUUUCCAGACUGGAAGCGUGAAUUGGCCAAGUUUGCUUCCGUGCAGGACCGCCUGCGUGAAUGGCACCCGUCAGUCCGAGAAAGACUGAUCCGGCAUUCGUGUCUGGUGAUAUACCAGCUUGAUGUCGAUGGUUUCCGCUACGAUAAAGCCACGCAGGCUACAGUUGAUGCUUUGGGUGAUAUGUCAGCUGCUUAUCGCGAAUGCGCCCGGGCAGUAGGGAAGGAGAACUUCUUCAUAGCUGGAGAAAUUACGGGUGGCAACACCUUUGGAUCGGUCUAUUUAGGGCGGGGUCGGCAACCUGAUCAGUAUCCAUCCUCGAUUGAGGUUGCCAUGAACCUCACGAAUACCUCAGAGCCGCAAUACUUCCUGCGAGAGGAGGGCAUGAAUGCUAUCGAUGGUGCCGCAUUUCAUUAUUCGAUCUAUCGAAAUCUCGAACGAUUCCUGGGAAUGGACGGCAGCUUGUCCGCCGGAUACGAUGUAUCGGUGGAAUUUGUCACUGCCUGGAACGAGAUGUUGAUCUCGAAUGACUUCAUCAAUCCUAACACCGGUGAAUUUGAUCCUCGACACAUGUACGGUGUCACCAACCAAGAUGUCUUUCGCUGGCCAACGCUGGAGAAGGGAACCGAGCGCCAGCUGCUUGGUCAAUUCGUUACAACCUUGCUUCUGCCCGGGAUUCCUCUACUGCUGUGGGGAGAGGAACAGGCAUUCUAUGUCCUGGAUGCUACUGCGUCAAAUUACAUCUUUGGACGACAAUCCAUGUCGCCGGCUACUGCCUGGCACACUCACGGAUGUUUUUCUCUCGACUCCUCGACCUUUUACGACUGGCCUAUUACAAGGGGUCGUCACGCGUGCGAGGAUAUCACGGUAACCUAUGACCAUCGGGAUCCCUCCCACCCAGCUCGCAACAUCAUAAAACACAUGUACCAAAUGCGCGUCGACUUCCCCGUGCUCAAUGACGGCUACAAUGUUACCAAACUGUCGAAUCACACCGAAAAUGUAUACUACCCUGGAUCCAACGGAACGGCUACCGAAACCGGUCUCUGGUCGGUUCUCCGUGGCAUUAGCUCUGACUUCCAGGACCUGGGAACAGGCAAUAACCAGGCGGUUUGGUUAGUGUAUCACAAUACUAACCGGACAAUCGACUACACAUUCGAUUGCAGUGACAAUGACAGUGCAUUGAUAUCUCCUUUCGACACCGGAACCUGGGUCAAGAACCUCUUCUACCCCUUCGAUGAACAUGAAUUGAGCAGCAGUCCGCAAAAGCUUGGCAUCAAUGGGUCUACGGCCUAUAACGGUUGUCUUUCCAACAUGACGAUGAAGGCUUACGAGUUCCGCGCGUAUGUCCCGCGUGCUAAGUUUACCAAGCCCCGGCCUAUGAUCACUGGUUUGUCCCCGGGGCAUGAUGCUCCCGUGCGAUCCACUGUUGCACCUGAUGAGGAUGAAUCGGUUCAAAUCAAGAUCUACUUCUCCGAAGCCAUGAACUGUGAUUCAGUCACGAGUUCCAUCUACGUCAAUUCUUCUACCGAGGCAGGGAAAACUCCAUCGAUAGACACGGACAGUGUCAGUUGUAAAGCCGCUACACUCAACGAGACCGGCAGCGACUGGCCCGGAUUCAUUCCUAGCGCCUGGGUAUGGCAAGGAAACUUGACUGGCGUGUACAAUGGUAUUCAUCGCAUAACCGUGAACAACGCUAGUAACACCUACAAGAACGAGACCACAGAUUCAGUUGAUCACUUUCUCCUCAGAAUCGGUCAAAUAGACAACCCGAUGAUAUAUACGACCGCCAAUUACUCCAGCAGCCUGCUUCACAAAUACGAAAAUGGCUCGCUAUACAUCCAGCAUCAUGCUGCUGGCGCAGACAAGUGGCGAUACACCACAAACUGGGGCUCCACUUACUCGGACUGGAUGGAUUACACAGGUGGAAACACUACCAUAUCUGAGUUGUCCUGGUCUGGCACGAGCAAGCAAGCCUGGGACGGGUAUCACGUCCGCGCCGAAUACUGGAAUAGAUGGUCGGGUAGCAGCGACUACGUGCAGGAAGGCGAUACAGACUGGAAGAAGGGCCCUCGACGCUUUCCACAUAUCUUCUGGGAAGGUCCCUACAAUGAAUACGGAUACGACGCCGGAUUGGAUAGCGAGAUACGCCUGGAUGCAGAUGAUGGGCUGUGGAAGUACCAUUUCACUUAUGAGUGGCCAGCAAUUGGGCAGGUCAGCAUCUGGGGAAUGAACCCGGAUGGUUCGCCGGAUGAAGGAUGGGUGAUGGGUGAUGCUGAUAACGAUUCUGUCCUUGAUCGGAUGCCUCCAUCGUCCCUCUCCGAAACGGUAAUCAAUAUAACAGCUCAUCCGCCUUCACCCUACAUCUCCUGGAAGCUUAUCAUCGACGAUGCCACCCAGAAGUUCCAACUAGUUCCGGUAGGACACCAAGCGACGCAGAUUGCGAUGUUUGUGUUAUUCUGGAUCGUUCCCCCUCUGUCAGCUGCGGCGUGUUUCUGGGUCUUCCUCAAGUCCUUCUACAAAGUCAAGUUCAACCAGGUUGGUGUGGACCAGAAGCAGUCUGGCUUCGCAAUUGCCCUGCGCCGAAGGUUCGAAAGAAAAACUCCAGGUGGGGGGGACUACAACCGUCUCAACCCCAUCAUGCGACUAGCCAAUAAAUCAGGCUUGCUGCAAACCGCCACCCCUUUCAGCGCUGCUGCGGCCGCUGGUAAGCGCCGCAUGGUGUUGAUCGCCACCAUGGAGUACGAUAUUGAAGACUGGGCGAUUAAGAUCAAAAUCGGAGGUCUUGGUGUGAUGGCGCAGUUAAUGGGAAAGACCCUUAGCCACCAGGAUCUCAUUUGGGUGGUUCCCUGUGUGGGAGACGUUGAGUACCCUGUUGACACCCCAGCUGAGUCAAUUCUGGUGACACUUAUGGGUACGGAGUAUGAGGUGCAAGUGCAAUAUCAUUACCUGAACAACAUCACCUACAUCCUCCUCGAUGCUCCGGUCUUUCGCCAACAAACAAAGUCAAAUCCGUACCCCGCGCGCAUGGACGAUCUGGAAAGUGCUGUCUAUUAUUCGGCAUGGAAUCAAUGUAUUGCAGCUGUAUGCAAGCGCUUCCCCAUCGAUUUGUAUCACAUCAACGACUACCACGGCUCAUUGGCACCCCUCUACCUGCUCCCGGAGACGAUUCCCGUCUGCCUCUCCCUACACAAUGCGGAAUUCCAGGGUCUUUGGCCUGUCCGAACAGCCACCGAACGUGAAGAGGUACAGUCAGUUUUCAACCUCAGUGCAGACGUUAUGAAGCAAUAUGUGCAAUUUGGUGAGGUAUUUAACCUGUUGCAUGCCGGAGCCAGUUAUCUACGCAUCCACCAGCGUGGCUUUGGCGCAGUCGGCGUGUCGAAAAAGUACGGCAAACGAUCCUACGCCCGGUACCCCAUCUUUUGGGGAUUGCAAAAAGUGGGCAACCUUCCCAAUCCUGACCCCUCUGACUUGGGAGAAUGGAGCAAGGAGCAAGCCAUGGCAGUCCAACGAGGCGACGUCGCGGUCGAUCCGGAUUAUGAAGCAGGUCGUGGUGCGCUUAAACUUCAGGCGCAAGAGUGGGCUGGGCUCAACCAGGACCCUGAAGCUGAGUUGUUCGUUUUUGUGGGCCGAUGGUCCAUGCAAAAAGGUGUCGACCUCAUUGCGGAUAUCAUGCCCUCGGUCAUUGAAGCCAAUCCGAAGGUACAACUAAUCUGUGUUGGCCCUGUCAUUGAUCUUUACGGAAAGUUUGCUGCGCUCAAGCUCGAUCAGAUGAUGAAAAUCUACCCUGGUCGAGUCUUUUCACGGCCGGAAUUCACUGCCCUUCCUCCGUACAUAUUUUCGGGGGCGGAGUUCGCUUUGAUUCCCUCCCGAGACGAACCGUUCGGCCUUGUGGCGGUAGAAUUCGGUCGAAAGGGUGCAUUAGGCGUGGGAGCUCGUGUUGGUGGACUGGGACAAAUGCCUGGAUGGUGGUACAACGUCGAAUCAACCUCUACAUACCAUCUCCUUGAUCAAUUUAGACAAGCGAUUGAUGCCGCGUUAGAAUCUAAGCAGGCAACCCGUGCAAAAAUGCGGGCUCGCUCAGCUAAACAGCGAUUCCCCGUCGCGCAAUGGGUGGAGGAUUUGGAGAUCCUCCAAACGACGUCCAUACAAGUCCAUAGCAAGACAGCUAAAGGCAACGGACGCCCUCGGACCCCUAACACGGGCGCCUUCCAAAGCAGCAGCGUGUCGUCCAGGCCGUCGAGUGCUUUCUGGCCUUCAUCGGGCACACAGACCCCCAUGGUUCAUUCCCGUGAGGGCAGCUACACCAACCUCAACCGACUCAGCGACUUCGCUGCCCUAUCCGAUCCCACCGAGAGACCAGUUUCAGGUUUACAACGCAAACUCUCGCUUGGUGUCCGCUCUGGUCCUGGUCAUAGGCCUCGUGCCACCCGGUCUCAAUCUUCCCACGACGAGCUAUCCGUGACGGAGGAACAUACCGAAGAUGUGGCUACCGAUGUCGAGGGUGAUGAUUUCCCAGACAAUGAAUAUGUCCCUACCUCUGCGGAGUUGGAAGCAGCCCGUCGCAUGCAAGCUGCUCAGCGACCAGGGUCUUCGGCCAUAACCAGCUCUCACUUCGCCCGCGAUAGCCAAUCUCUGACUGUUCCUGGAACACCAGGGUCACCCAAUAUGGCCGAGCAAAGCCUGCUGCCUCCCGCUGGCCUCAAGGAGGUCAGCAACCGGAUGAGUACAGCAUCGUUGCUUUCUGUCGAUAUGGUGGUGGGACAGAAGAAGGACUUCCGCUUGCAAAAGGUGGAUCCGUUUUUCACGGAUAGCACGGGAGAGUAUUACAAUAUCUUCGAGCAAAAGUUGCAAAACCUUAAGGGUAGCAAUUCCGAGUCAGACUUUUGUAUCGAGGAAUUCUUGAUUAAGAGUGAAAAGGAGUGGUUCGAACGAUUCCACGACGCCAAAUUGGGUCGGCUAAAGUCACCAGCCCCCUCCGUCUUCCGUGAUAAGCAGGGAUCCGUUUCCGUUGUUUCGAGGGAAGAUGGGUCCAGCUUUAAUGCCGAGAGCUCCCACGAACAUGGAUCUGAAGUCGACGAUGAAUUCUUGCUCGGAAAGGACUAUAGCCCCCCAGCUGGUAUCAGGCUUUGGAUGCAGAUCCGCAUCGGUAACUGGCCCGUAUACUCCAUCUUCCUUGCACUAGGCCAGAUCCUCGCUGCCAAUUCCUACCAAAUUACGCUCUUGACUGGCCAAGUCGGAGAAACUGCAUUGAAGUUAUACGGCAUUGCCUUGACCUACCUCAUUGCAUCGAUUUGCUGGUGGUUGAUCUACCGCUAUUUCAAAUCCGUCGUUUGUCUGUCCCUCCCGUGGUUAUUCUACGGCAUCGCAUUCGUUCUGAUAGGGUCCGCCCAUUGGGUCGAUAAUUCUUUCAACCGUGGCUGGAUUCAAAAUAUCGGAAGCGGGGCGUAUGCGGUUGCAUCUGCCAGUGGCUCCCUGUUCUUCGCAUUGAACUUCGGCGACGAAGGUGGUGCUCCCAUGGAGGUUUGGAUAUUCAGAGCUUGCAUUGUUCAGGGCUUGCAACAGGCAUAUGUCAUUGCCCUCUGGUACUGGGGAUCCUCUAUGAGCACCGCAUCUAGUGAGGGCGUCUCGACGACGACGACUGGAGUGGCUGGCUCUUGGAAGAUGACUGCCAUUUGCUACCCCAUUGCUCUAGUCGUAACAAUUAUCGGGUUCCUUCUCUUCCGUGGCUUGCCCAACUACUACCACCAGGCCCCAGGCAAGAUCGCCUCGUUCUACAAAGCAGUCUUUCGUCGAAAGAUCGUGCUUUGGAACUUCGUCUUCGUCAUCCUGCAGAACUUCUUCCUUAGUGCCCCCUACGGCCGAAAUUGGAGUUUCCUCUGGUCCUCCACCCACGCCCAAGCCUGGCAAGUCGGCAUCCUUUGUAUCGUCUUCUUCGGCUUCGUGUGGGUCGGCUUCCUCUUCCUCGUCAGCAAAUACCUCAAAGCGCACAGCUGGUCCCUACCCCUAAUAGCCUGUGGUCUCGGAGCCCCCCGCUGGGCUCAAAUCUGGUGGGGAAUCUCCGGUAUCGGGUACUUCCUACCAUGGGUAUCCGGCGGAUACGUCGGGGGAGCACUCGCAUCGCGCAGUCUCUGGCUCUGGCUUGGCGUCUUGGAUAGCAUCCAGGGUCUGGGAUUCGGAAUUAUUUUACUCCAAACGCUAACGCGCACGCACAUGCUCUUCACUUUGAUUUGUUCCCAGGUGUUGGGCUCGAUUGCUACUAUUGCGGCGAGAGGGUUUGGGCCGAAUAAGCUGGGCCCGGGGCCUAUCUCGCCUGAUCCGACGUUUGGAGUGAGUGCGGUGGCAAAUGCGUGGUUUUGGGUUGGGUUGUUUUGUCAGUUGAUUAUUUGUGCUGGGUUCUUGUUGUUCUUCCGUAAGGAGCAGCUGGCUAAGCCCUAA